AUGAAACCACCAACCGCCAGAAAACCACCUUCGAAACGUCCAACAACUACGAUAGCAUGUCCGAAAAGAAGUGGAUCAGAGUUAGAAGAUAUUGAAGAAGCACCACCAGAUCCUAGAGCAAGAAGUAGAAGUGAAGAUAUAAGUGUUCAUUGUUUACUUCGAGAAAUUGAUGACAAGAAGCUGUCAAAUCUGAUUGGAGGACACCCCUCAGCGAGAUCUUCUGCUCUUAUAAUACAAGCGUUGAGACAGCAAAUGUCUGUUGCCACCCUUGACCAAUACGUUCGAGACUCAUUGGAAUGGAUGGUUUCUCAUGAUGUUCUGAUGCUGAAAUCCAAGAAAAAUAGUCUUUUCUCUCGUGUCAUCCAAGCCGAUGGAGUGGAUUCUCGUGAACAAAUGGCUCGUCUCAUCAACACAAUGGCAAGUUACACGGCGGGACGCAGUUACUUCACAGUUCAUCACAAAACCUUCAUUCCUUGCCUCAUAGCAGUUCUUCGUGGAAAAAGACUUCCAUCAACAACUCAUGAUCAACUGAUUGCUUGUGUACAGAAAAUGAGUAUACGAGCAACUUGUCAGAAAGAGUUAAUACAAAAUGGGAUGUUGGAAUGGGCAGUCAAUCAUUUAGAUCAGAAAUUGAACAAUUAUGCAUUUGAAUAUCUAGCAGCUCUCAUCGUAAACUUGUCCACAAACUCAUUGAGCCAUCCUCUCAUAACUCGACUUGCAGAUUCAAUCGCUAAUUCAGUUGCAAAUCUUGUCGUGAAAAUGACUCAUGGUCCGUCAUGUUCCCUAUACAACACUCUUCUACUUUCAAUCCUCGCGUGCCCACGAAUUCGUCUUCGGGCCAAAGAUACAAAGCUUCUUGAGGCGAUCCGUAUCCGAUUGGAGACUCGAAGAACGUGUCCAUUGUGUAAUCUUCAUGUACCAUUCUUAAUCGCUGUCGUUCAUCAAGAAGUUGAAUACAAUCGAGUUCCACUAACACCAACUGAUGGAGAAACUGAUAAGUGUGGAAGUUCUUGUGAACGAGAAAUCGACUCACUCGACCCAUUACGCCCAUCGACGAACGAGCUCAGCGGUGCUCGCUUGCUUAUACGAAAAGCUUAUAAAGAGGCAGCUGGUACUAGCUCCCAAUUGAUUGAUACAAAAGAAGGAAUUGGUUCGAGAAUGAGUGCGAGAGGUAGAAAAGGAACUGAAAGAGAUGGAAGAAUUGGAACAGCGACAUCUCAACAUACAUUCGUGAUUGAAACAGAAAGAAGGAGACCACUGAUGAUAAAUAUUGGAUUGAGUGAUGGAGCAUUGGAAUAUAAAAAAGUACAAGAUGAGAUAACAAAGAAGAGAGAAGAUGAGGAGAAUCGGAAGAAAAGGGAAAAAGAAAAAGUUGAGAAGGAGAAAAUGAAGGCGUUGAGACAUAUUCAAUUGACUUCGAGAAAAGCACCAUCACUUUUGAAGAAGGAACUGUCUGAAUCAACGACUCCGUUGAUCGAGAAAUUCAUGGGAAGGAAAGCGAAUGGUUCCAGAUUGUCAUUGAAUAAAAAACCUUCACUAUCCGAAGUUCGUGGCUCUCCACCUACAGAGAAGAAUAAUAACAAUAGUGAUUUCAAGGGAUCCAAUGAGACCAUCGUUCUCUCUUCGUACUUUUAUACUGUGGAAGCGACUAGCAGCCCGGAAGACUACACAGCAGUUUUUGGAAGUCGUCCAAAAGUUGCUCGAACUCCAGAUACUCAAUCAAGAUCUUUCUUUUAA